AUGGCUGAAGUGCAAGCGAGGCCGACCGCGCUGGCCGCCAGCAACCCGAUUAAGCGAUCGCCAAACAUCGCCAUCCCUCCAACGUCGAUCUCUCUGCCCCCACAAAACGCCACAUCUCGACUAAAGAGCCAGCUGUCGCUCGAUCCAUACUCACCGGUCAACCAGAACGGCAGCUUCGAGUUCGAUCGAGUUAUUAAGAGCGGCUAUCUGCAGAAGCGAACACAGAAGACAAAGACAUGGAAGUCGGCCUAUCUGGUGUACCGGCCUAAUACGCUUAGCAUAUACAAGGACGACCAGGAGAACAAAUUGCGCCACAAAAUAUAUCUAUCCGAUCUUACUGCGGUCACGCUCUUGAAGGACCCCAAAAACAAACGAGAGAACGUCUUCGGGCUGUUCUCGCCAUCGAAAAAUUUCCAUUUGCAGGCUUCGAGUCUCGCCGAGGCCAAGUCAUGGGUUGAUUUAAUACGCAGCGAUGCCAGAAUCGAGGAGGAAGAGGAGGAGAUGUUUCUGGCCAGCCCUGUCAUCCGUCGCAACUCUUUUAUGCCGACUGGUUCCUUCGACCAGGCCGAACCAGUCACCGGCCCGAUCCUACAUGACCGCGAAACAUAUUUUUCAAGUUCCCCGGAGCCGGUCGACAUAAGCACGACCAGUUUCAGACGCCCGUCGUACAAUCCGCGGCGCCCAUCCACAACCGUAGAGUCCUCAGGUCUCUCAGGGGCAGAGCUGGCGUCGCACUCAGAUUUUUCGGAUUCGGAUGUCCAACGAGUCCAUGGUGUAGCAGUCGAGAACCUGGCAGUCCAGUCUCCCCCACCCGCUUUCGCAAGUCCCAGGCCAAAUGUCGGAAUCCGCAACGCCAGUCAAGCUAGCGGAAUCAACAUCGAACAAGACCCUGAUCGAAUUCUCUGGCAAGGCUGGCUUCGGUGGCUUCGUAAUAAGGGCGGUGUGCGCCAGUGGAAGAAUUGCUGGGCUGUUCUCCGUCCCAGGAACCUCAUUCUCUACAAAGAUGAGUCCGAGUACACCGUGCAGUUCAUUGUCCAUAUGGGCAUGAUCCUUAACGUGGUUGACAUCGACCCGAUGAGCAAGACGAAGACACAUUGCCUGCAGGUUAUCACGGAAGAAAAAAGCUACAGAUUUUGUGCCGAUGACGAGGAAUCGUUGAUCAAAUGUCUGGGGGCCUUCAAGAGUCUUUUGGCCAAAAGGAAAGAGCUUGAAGCCAAGAUGGCUGCCAGCGACACUACUGCAAAUACGUCUUGA